GACGGCGGCCGUGUUGGGACCGCGCUCAUCCGGCGCGAAGACGUCCGCGGAGGCUUCCAGCGGGUCCGCACAGCCUUUCUUCCGCGCAUCCAGGCGGGCCGGCUGCGGACGCUCGGGCGACGGUGUGCCGCUUUAGCCGCUGGGCUUCUUCGGGCUGGAGGGGCGAGAGGGGCUUGGCCGACGCGGUUCCUCGGGCAUCUUGGCGGGGGCGCGGAGAGACGCUCCCUGGAGGCACUCUGCGUAUGCCCAGAGAGCUCUCGUCGCUCCAAACCGGGUCCUAAACGGUCCUUUGAAUGUGCGAACUCGGGACUAACUGAUCUCCUCUUUUCCCCUGCGACCCGCCAGAAAACGGGGCUCUGCCUGGACGGAAAGGGCGCCUGAUGGAGAGGCAGGGCCGGGGCAGUUCCAAGUUUCAAAAGGCACAGAAACCACAUAAAGAAUGUGUGGGCCGUCAGCCAAUACCAUCUCACCCGAACAGAAAUUCAGGGCAAAGUGGGAAUUGUCGGAUCUUAUAUCGUGUGAUGUAUACCUGGAACCGAGGUGGGAGGUUGAAAGAACUUCGUAUUAGGCACCUGGCAAGGAAAUUUUUUUACCUGUGGAAGAGGAAAGCAUUUGGAAGAGUCCUGCCAUCCAAGGCCAGGGCUUAUUUUGUUCAGAAAACGCUGCAGAAAACCUUUGGAGAGUGGAAGGAGGAAUGGUGGGUUCUUUGCAGAGAAUGGAAGCUUACCGUCAGAGCCGACUGCCAUCACAGGUAUUUUCUCUACCACGAGGUCUUUCAGGCUUGGAGGUCUUACCUGCUCCAGCAACAAGCAAAGAAGCUUGCCUAUCAUACUGCAGAGGCCCAUGCCAAGCAGAAAACCCUCUGGAGUUGGCAGCAUUGGCUGAGCUACAUCCAGCUACGCAGGAUGAAGCAGCGGAUGCACUGGGAGGCACUGCACUUCUGGCAGCAGAGCACCCUGCGGCUCUCUUGGGGACUGUGGCAGAGGCGAUGGCGCCAGAGGCAGGCUUACCGUGGGAUGGAGUCCCAGGCCUUCCAGCAGUGGGCACACAGCGUGCAACUUUGUGCCUGGCUGCAGUGGAAGGCCCUCGAAACACAACUCCAGCAGGAAAGAGCAACGGCCGGCUGGGCAGCGAGGCGCCUGCAGCACUGGACAAUGUGGAAGGGCUUGAAGCCCUGGCUCCAGUACGUGGACCAGAGGAGGGAGAAGCAGCACAGGAGCAGGCUGGCAUCGCAGCACCAUCAUGCCCAGCUCCUCCGUUGGCACUUCUCAGCCUGGCAGCUGGCGUGGAAGCACAAGAAGCAGUCAGAGCACCUCGCCCAGCAAGUGGCUGGCACAGUUCUGCGAAGGGCAUUUGCCCAGUGGAAGCUCUAUGUGACCUUGUGUGCUGAAGAAGUGGAGCGUUACGGGCUGGCUCAAAGCCACCAUAACCAUCGUCUGCUGAGUUUUGGUUUUCAUGCCUUGCGAAGGAACAUCCGGGAGGCUUCCCUCAAGCAAGUGAGAAGAAAUCUGGCUUGUCAGCAGCACCGGGUCAUGCUCAUAUCCAGGUUCUGGGAUUGCUGGACGUCUCGUCUGGAGCAGAAGGAGGAUGAGCAGCACCGUCUCCUGACCCUGGCAGCCGCUUCUCACCACAGGCGGAGGCUGCUGCAGAAGUCUCUGUGGACCUGGAGAGAGGGAGCCUGCGGGGAAAGAUGGUGGAAGUUCCAGUGGGCCAAAGCCGAGCAGCAUCGGGGGGCCGUGGUCUUGUCUGCUGCCUUCCAGGCCUGGGAGCUGUUCAAGGACCACCAGCUCUGGUGGAGGCAGAUGAACGGGGUGGCCGCCGGGUACCACAGGGAGACGUGGACCAGGCGAGUCUUUGUGCAGUGGCUGUUGAGGCAGCGCGAGCACCAGGAGGGACGGGCGGCAGAGAAGAUGGCAACGUUGCAUGCUGGACAGCGGCUUUUGUCCCAGUUCUGGGGCCAGUGGCACAGGGCCACUCUGGCCUGCCUGGAAGAGCGAGAGGGCGUCUCCUUGGCCAAGGGGCAUCACCGGCAUCGGCUCCUUUGGGCCACUUUGCACCUCUGGAGGGAGAAUGUCUGGGAAAUGAAGAGAGGACGGGCAAAGGAGGCAGCGGCCUUGCACUUCCGUUCAGAGAAGCUCCUGUGGCAUUCGUGGAGGAAGUGGCGACAGUACCAGAUGCAGAAGUCUGAGAAGUGGAAGAAGAUGGCCCGAGCCGAGGGCCACUACCAGCAGGUCUUGCUGGGCAGAGUCAUGAGGGCUUGGAAGGCCUACCAGACAAGCGUCCAGGGGGUCCUUCACCAGGUGGCCCAGAAGGAGAGGGACUACAGGCAGCAGCUGCUGCGGCAGGUGCUGCGAUCCUGGAAGGGAAAGACGUCUGAGCUCAGGCAGGAGGCAGAGGCGGCCAGGCUGGCUGGGCAUCUUUACAGGCGACUCCUUCUUUCCAAGGUGAUCUUCCAGUGGAGGGAGGCGGCUGCGCUGCGGGCCAAUAGCCGGGAAAAGGUGGCAGUGGCUGUGAAGGAAGCCCAGAGGCACUUGCAGACAGGGAGGCUGCGGGGGCUGUUUCUCCGCUGGAGGGGGGCUUCUGCUGGCAGUGCCCAUCAGAGGGGGCAGCUCACUGUGGCAGCCGAGCAUCACCGGAGGCAGCUGCUCAGCCGGUGCCUGGAGAGCUGGAAGCAAGAUCAUCUCAGCCGCCUGAGGGUCAUGCUCCUGCAGAGACAAGGGGAGCAGCUGCUGGCCCGGAGACUUUCUGCAGCCGCCUUUGCUUGGUGGAAGGUGCAGCUGGCGGACAGGUGGCAAGAGCAGCACCAAACCACACGAGCCCUCUGGCACUGGUCCCAGAGCCUCCAGCAGAAGGUCAGUCUUGGCCCUGUGCUGAACGCCUGGCGAGGCUUCAUGCAGGAGCAGCUGCGGAAGAAGGGACGGAUGGCACAGGCGACCGAGAGCUACCAGGCGGAGCUGCUGCGCGAGGGCGCCUGCCGCAUCCUGAGAUACGUGGUUGCCGUGAAGCAGCACCGAGAGUGCUUGCAAGCCCAGCAUCAUCUGCAGGCCGCCUGUCAGCGUCACCACUUGGUCUACCGCUGCGCCAUGAUAUGGAAGCAGAAGGCUCUUUCCCGAAAGCCCAGCCUGGCACUUUCAGGCAUUCCCGCCAAGAAGCAUGUGACUUUCGAAGUGCCAAGACUGGGCCACGUCCCUCCUGGUGUUCCCAGGGGACAGGCCAACCUUCCCGGUGUGCCAAGAGACUGUCAGGCUGCUGGAGAUUCCAUCCUCUCAGAUUUAUACACGGCUCGCCAGGUGAGGCUGCAGCCUCGUAGACCCGAUUUCCUGGUACCAUUUCCUGAGAAAAGGGGGCUGCCGCAUGCAGGGAAGUGGCUGGAAAGCUCCACUGGCUUUGCUCAGCCAAUGGCAGCAGGACCCCUCCUGCUUGUCCCCCCCAGCAUCGGCCCUUCACCGUCCCCUUUUAGCGGCUGCGGUGACUCUUCUGGUUCCUUUCCCAAACCUGGACCCCCUCCCCCCAGGAGUCCUUGGCUUCACAGCCCCACCAGUGCUGCCCCAGAGCUGCAGCCCCCUUCCUCCUUCACGCUGGGGACAAAGAGGGCAAGUGUUGAGACGCCCUCCCUCAGCCCUCCGGCUGCAGCCCCUGGCAAGGAGAGGCCAACGGUGGUCUCAAGGGGGCCUUUGCUGGCACCCAAAGAUUUUACAAGAGGAAGAAGAAGGAGCCCACCUCUUUGCGGAAAAGCAGAAACCAAGCGAGGAAAGACUGAAAUUCAGCCGCUGGAGGAUGAGCUCCAAUGUAUUGGGCAAAAGAUGCAGGAUUACUACAGCCAGCAGCAGGAACUGAAGUUCUGCCAGCGACAGGAACGGCUUCUUAGCAAGUGGCUGGAACUGAGAGGAGUUGGGGAACCCUCCGAUGCGCAGGAAAUCCGUGAGAAGCUGGGCCAGCUGAAGGUGCAGAUUGCCUCACUUGUAAGCACGUUGGAAGGAGAGCAGCAGCUGAUGCAGAAAUACAUGAGCCGCGUCCAGGCCAUCCGAGCGGCUCUGAAGACGUAGGCAACGGCACCUCCACCUCCUGCCGGGGUGGUUGAGCAUGGAGGACUCUGCCCUUCCUUCUGCCUGGCUGGAGAAGCUGCUCCCACCGGCUUGGAUAGUUCCCACGCAUUCCUCAGAGGACCCUCAAACUGAGCCACCCCAGGAAAGAAAGAGGGGACUUGCUUUUGAGAACUCCUCUGGAGGAUUUCUCAGAAUUAAAACACUUUAAAAGUCAAAGCACAGUCAGUUCUUAUUUUUACUUUAAAACAUUUGCCAUUAAUGAGUUAAUGUCUUAAUUUGUACAUUUUGACAUACAAAAAUACUGUGCUACUGAUACAGUUGAAAAAUAAAAGGAUUCUCCAUGUUGGAGAAAUUCACAGCGUCACCAAGAAACCCACUCCCGUUUGUUUAGGGUUUGGGUGACACCCCCCCCCCCCCACCGCUUCACGGGACCUGGCCCUGAACUGCUUUCUGACAACGGAGACCAACUGAAGGGGCUCCUCUACAGCAGAGUCAGAGCAACCAGAAAACAGAAGGCCCAGAGUUGUACUGCAAUGCAAGCAAAGAGAAGCAAGUGAUUCCUCUCCACUGAUAGAGCAAGGCACAGCUGUCUGUCAUUUUGUCUCCCAAUGGCAGCAGAGUACAGGAUAAUGUUGGAGGAUGGAAGAGCUGUUUUCUGGUUAAGGACUUCACUUCUGCAUUAAGGAAGGAAGGGACCAGCCAUCACAAAGGACCCACUUUCUGGCCUUUCAUCCCUCACAGCCACAGAAAAAGGCCCUCGUCAUAGACAAAAUAGGACACUACUGUGAUCAAGUCCUGUCCUAUAUUUAGCUACAGCCUGGGUGUCUC